GGAGGUGUGUUAGAUAGGUUCUUGCUCUUUGGGGAAUCGUUUACCCGACAGGAGUCAAGCCAUGGGCAACCAUUACUAAGACGGGGCAUUCUCCCAAGUUGCUUCACAUUGACCUGCCCUUGGCGCUUAGCAACCGCGUAACCGUAGCCACCACAUUCGGACCCUUCGAUAUUUGAAAGAGCCGUAUUACAGAUCACUGUCUCCGCCGUAGUGGGCGUGCUCCAGGGCGCGGAUGAUGUCAUGCAGCCCCUCUGUUUGGGAUCGGAUUGUAAAUCAUCAUGCCAUCCGUGACCUGAAGCAUAAGCCAAAUAAAACGACUAUAAGAGCCUCCAUCCGACUUAAGUUUGAGGGAAUUAGACCUCAUCGUGAUCAGCGUAGCUCAUCUGUUCUUCUCUCUCAUCAACACCAUGGCACCCAAGAUCUUGUUGACCGGCGUAACAGGCUACAUCGGCGGAGACGCCUUCUAUGCUCUCGAGAAGGCCCACCCAGACUUCGAGUACACCCUCCUCGUCCGCAACGAGGAGAGGGCAAAGCUCGUGAGGGAGAAAUUCCCCAACGCCAAGUUCGUCUUCGGCGCCCUCGACGACGCCCAGGUCAUCGAGCAGGCCGCCGCUGCGGCGGACGUGGUUAUCCAUACGGCUGAUUCCUCGGACAAUGUCCCUUCGGCUAAUGCCAUAGCGAAGGGUCUGGCGGCGGGCCAUUCCAAAGAGAAGCCCGGGUACUGGAUCCAUAUCAGCGGCACUGGUAUUCUGCAGUGGUACGACGAGACGGCCAAGCGUUACGGCCAGCCGCCCCUACCGCAGGAGAAGUACGACGACGUCAAGGACCUCGACCGGCUCGUCAACCUCCCGGACCAAGCCUUCCACCGAGACGUGGACAAGAUCGUCCUGGCAGCGGCCUCGACGGUUCCGGCGGCCGUCAAGCCGGCCAUCGUCGCGCCGCCGACCAUCUACGGGCCCGGUCGCGGGCCCGGCAACCGGCGUAGUAUCCAGGUGUACCAGCUGGCGCGGUUCGGGCUGCGCAAGGGCUACGUCCCCUACGUAGGCACGGGCGCCGUCGAGUGGGACAACGUGCACGUGCACGACCUGAGCGACCUGCUCGUGACGCUCGUCGAGGCGGCGCUGGACCCGCGGAGGAGCGGGGACGCGGAGGUGUUUGGGCCUCGGGCGUAUUUCCUCGCCGAGAACGGGACGCACUCGUGGGGCGAGGUGGCGCGGUGGGUCGCUGACGAGGCGCAUCGCCAGGGGUUCCUCCCCGAGGCGAGCGUCAGGCAGACGGAUAUGGAGGGGAUCAAGUUGGACGGCGUCUCGAAUGCUUCGUGGGGCACCAACUCCAAGGGCACGGCCACCAGGGCGAGGAAAUACCUCGGCUGGGAUCCGAAGGGGCGGAGUCUAAAGGAGGAGAUCCCCGAUAUUGUCGCGAGCGAGGCCGCGAGGCUUGGUAUCAAGCCGAGUAAAUAAGUGAGGAGGUCAAUACAGUAGUAAAAUAAUUGACUGUGCUGUAUUGGUUGGUAAACACAUUCUGUUCUUGCUAAAAGUCUGAGUGUAAUGAUCGAAAGAAUAGAAUAAAAGGGGGGUUUCUGCCCGUAA